AUGUCGCACCAGUACUACACGCAGCUGUGGGAGGACACGGCGCAGGCGCUGGGCGCCGUCGUGCGCCAGGAUGUGGCGGUGCAGGCGCAGGCGCCCUUCGGCAAGCGCGAGCCCGCGCUGCGCGUCGUCGCCGACCUGUACGUGCGCUACCUGCGCCUCGUGCGCAACCUCGACGUGUGCUACGACCAGGUGACGCAGCCGCAGAAGCGCCCGCUGCUGCGCCGCCUGCUCGACAUGGCCAUCGAAGAAAGAAAAAAUAUGGAGGAAGAAGAGAGACUGGAGGAGCAGAGAAGGUCCCGAGAUGCUGAGAUGAAGAUGAAAGAAGAUGCUGAAAAAACGGAUCCGAGGAAGAAAGUGGACUACCGCGACCGCAAGCGCCUGAUGAUGGGCUUGAAACCCCAAAAGAUUCCCAUCAACAAGCUUCACGCCGCGGCCACCAUCAUUCAGAAGAUAUGGCGCGGAUAUAAGGCCCGUCUGAUGAAAAUAUGA